CUCCCUCACCCGCCUGCACGGUCUCGUCUCCCUCCGUCACGUCUUUCCUCUGGUUUCUGUCCACCUCUCUCCGGUCUGCGCACCCAUCCGUCUGAUGGCUCCGUCGACCUUCCCGGUCUUUUCUCCCCCAUUCAUCACUCACUUCGCUCCUCUCUCUCUCUGCCCGUUAUCAUUUCUAUUCUCCUCGGGCCGUGUCUGGGCAUAUUUCCAUUGCUCCUCUAUCCCCGUCCACCGCCCCGUGGGACCGCCAACUCGGAGCCCCUGCAUCUCCGCUCCAUCCAUCCUUUCUGUCUCCUGGUGCGUGUUUCUCUCCUUCCUUCCACCUUCCUCGGCCUGCCCUCCCCAUCCUCUCCCCCAUCCAUCUCCACAUUUCUCCACCUCUGGCCAUCUCUCUUCUGCCCUUUGCUCCAGCCUUGGUCCUCCCCGCAGCCUGGCGGCCUCGUCCGACCUCCUGCACGCCCCAUGCCGGCCCUCCUGCUCCUCGGGACCCUCCUGCUGCUGGCCUCGACCGCCGGCCAGGCCGGGGCGCGCCCGUCCAACGGCACGAGCGCCGAGCCCCCGGGCCCGCUGCCCGCCCUGCUGGCGCACCUGCGGCGCCUGACCGGGGCGCUGACGGGCGGCGGGGGCGCAGCGGGCCCGGGCGCCAACAGCACGAGGCCCAGCACCGCGAGCGGGGCGGGCGCGGCGGCGCGGGCACCUCCUCCCGCCGAGCUCUGCCACGGCUACUACGAUGUCAUGGGCCAGUACGACGCCACCUUCAACUGCAGCACCGGCUCCUACCGCUUCUGCUGCGGCACCUGCCACUACCGCUUCUGCUGCGAGCACCGCCACAUGCGCCUGGCGCAGGCCUCCUGCUCCAACUACGACACGCCGCGCUGGGCCACCACGCCGCCGCCCCUGGCUGGGGGCGCCGGGGGCGCCGGGGGUGCGGGCGGGGGGCUCGGGCCCGGCCAGGCCGGGUGGCUGGAAGGGGGCCGGGCGGGGGGUGCCGGGGUGCGUGGGGGCGAGGGGCCGGGGGGCAGCACGGCCUACGUCGUGUGCGGGGUCAUCAGCUUCGCCCUGGCCGUGGGCGUCGGUGCUAAAGUGGCCUUCAGCAAGGCGUCCCGUGCGCCCAGGGCGCACCGGGAGAUCAACGUGCCCAGGUGUGUGCGCGCUGGGACCCAAGGGGCUCUGGUGGACAUUCUGAGGCAUCAGGCGGGGCCUGGGACCCGCCCAGACCGCGCACGGAGCAGCUCCCUGACCGCGGGGGUCGGGGGUCCCGACAGCAUGCCCCCGAGGACGCCCAAGAACCUCUACAACCCGGUGAAGCCCUCCAACCUCGAUAAUUUGCACCACCACUACCUGCACCUCAACGUCAACAGCCCCAAGCAGCAUGCGGACACGCUGGACUGGCGGGCCGCUCCGCCGCCCAGCCCCUCCUUGCACUACUCCACGCUGUCCUACUCUCGCUCCUUCCACAACCUCUCGCAUCUGCCCCCGUCCUACGAGGCCGCUGUGAAAUCUGAACUCAACCGCUACUCCUCCCUCAAGAGGCUGGCCGAGAAGGACCUGGACGAGGCCUACCUGAAGCGCCGGCCCCUGACGGAGACGCCCCGCGGGACGCUGCCCCUGCACGCGCUGCGGCGGCCGGGCACCGGGGGCGGCUACCGCACGGACGCCUGGGGCGGCGCCGAGGAGCUGGGCCUGGCGCCCGCGCCCAACCCGCGGCGCGUCAUGUCCCAGGAGCACCUGCUGGGCGACGGCGGCCGCGCGCGCUACGAGUUCACGCUGCCGCGCGCGCGCCUCGUGUCGCGGGAGCACCUGCUCCUGUCGUCGCCCGAGGCCCUGCGCCAGAGCCGCGAGCACCUGCUGUCGCCCCCGCGCAGCCCCGCGCUGCCCCCCGACCCGGCUUCCCGCGCCGGCCUGACCGCCUCGCACUCCAACCUGCUGCUGGGGCCCGGGGGGCCGCCCACGCCGCUGCACGGGCUGCCCCCGCCCGGCCUGCACGCGCACCACCACCUCGGCCUGCACGGCUCGCCGCAGCCCGCCUGGAUGUCGGACGCGGGCGGCGGCGGGGGCACGCUGGCCCGCAGGCCGCCCUUCCAGCGCCAGGGCACGCUGGAGCAGCUGCAGUUCAUCCCCGGCCACCACCUGCCCCAGCACCUGCGCACCGCCAGCAAGAACGAGGUGACUGUCUGAGGCCGGGCCGGGGCUCCGGGGCUGCGGCCUCGCGCGCCCCCAGCCCAGCCUGGAUCCCCCAGCGCACUCCAGGGGCCUGGGACCCAGAUCGGCCAGUGGCCGGGGGGCUGCCUGGAGGACACCGCUUUGGAUGGAAUCGUCACCGGAGACAAAGCCGCCUUCUGGGAUGUCACGGCGGAUAAGACCCCUCCUCCUACGUCACUGUUUGAGGCAAGGCCUCCUUCCCAUGACGUCAUCAGAGGAAGAGGCCUGCCUGUGAGGUCAUCACUAGCGAAAACGUCUGUAUUCUGUGAUGUCAUCACAGGGACAUAACCUUCUUCCCAUGAGGUUCAUCACGGAGGAAUAGACCCACCCCUGAGGUCAUCAUUAAAGACCAUAUCUAUGUUCCAUCAUGUCAUCACAAUGACUUCCUUCCUGUGAUGUCAUAGUAGAGACAAUGCCUUGUCCUAUGACAUCUUCCCUAGAGACAGAGAUCCUUCCUGUGACAUCACUGCAGAGACAAGCCUCACUCUCAUGAUGUCAUCUCUGGCACCAAAAGGCUUCUUUUGACAUUAUCAUCACCAGAAAAAUAUCUCUAAUGUUGUCGCCACAGACAAAGCCAUCGUCCUGGGACACAUCGCAGGGGAAAAGGUCUCACCAAUCGUGUCCUCACUAGAUAUAAGGCCUCCUUUCCACAUCGUCACAGGGACUCUGCCCCCUUCCUGUGAUGCCAUCACCAGAGAAGGUGCCUUGCCCUAUGACAUCAUCAGAGGGACUAUGCCUCUUCCCAUGAUGUCAUUACCAGAGAUGACAGCCCGCUCUGGGACAUCUCCAGGAUGAGGCCCCUUCUUCGAUGUCACCAACAGACUCUGCCUACUCUGAGAUGACGUCAUGAGACACCUCCACUGCUACUGCCAUGUCACGAGAAGGCAGGGCAUGCCCAGAGCCCAUGACCAACCUGGGGUCACCAGAGAAAGUGCCCUAUCUGAGAGACAUCAUCACUGGGGAGACUGCCCCAUCUGGAGAGGUCUCCGCCAGAGAGGACAGUCUGUCUGUAGGCUAUUGGCAGUGGGCCCCCACCCCCGUCUGAGGCUCUGCCCCAAUGCUGUGAUGUCACCACCAGAGACACUGCCUGCUCUGGAGGGCCACCACUUGUGAUGGCGUCACCAGGGUUUCUGUCUUGUUCCUCCAUGACUUAGCCUGGUUGCUCCUUCCCCUGACCCCAGGGACAUGCCCUGCAGGAUCUUCACCAGACCCUCUCUCUAAAGAGAGGUCGGGCCUUGGGUCCCACCCCUGUGUAGUGAUGUCACCUCUUGUGUGACUCCUGGAGGACAGCACUCCCAGACUGGCUUCUGCUCCCAAGGAGGCCACUCUGGCCCACCAGGCUCCUGGAGGACAGGGACUCGUAGGUGGCCCA